AUGAAGACCGUCUUCUCUGAGCUGAGUGUCAAGGUCCCCGAAGGGGUGACUGUGGCUGUGAAGAGUCGGGAGGUCACGGUGAAGGGCCCUCGUGGCGAGCUGAAGCGGAACUUCCGCCACUUGCCAUUGGUGCUGCGGAUGACGAAGGAUGCGAAGCGCGUCAAGGUUGCUACCUGGAACGGCAGGCAGUCCGACAUCGCCUGCCUGCGCACAGUUUGCACGCAUAUCAACAACAUGUUCACCGGUGUGACCAAGCAGUUCGAGUACAAGAUGCGUUUUGUGUACUCCCACUUUCCGAUCAACUUGAAUAUCGCCGAGGGCGGCAAAAUUGUGGAAAUCAGAAACUUCUUGGGUGAGAAGCGCGUCCGAACCGUGAAGCUUCUUCAAGGCGUCGUCUGCGAGAAGAGCACCAAUGUGAAGGAUGAGAUCGCACUCAAGGGGAAUGACCUCGAGCUCGUGUCUCGAUCCGCGGCCCUCAUUCAUCAGGCCACGCUGGUGCGUCGCAAGGAUAUUCGCAAGUUUUUGGACGGCAUAUACGUCUCUGAAAAGGGCACUGUCGAAAAGGCCGAAUGA